AUGGAUGAAUAUUUCCACCCGAGCAGGCUUUUCCGGACCCCACUUGAAGACGAUGAGAUAAUCCGUGCUUCUAAAAACCCAAGCUUCUAUUCAAACUUGCAAAAAGAGCUCAGGAGCUUGUUCGAUGAGCAUCAACACUUGCUUCAACGGCGUGUGAAUCUUCCCGUCAAGGAAAUAGCCGAAGAGGACAGCGACACGAAUGGCGACUUGGUAUCAAAGCAUCCUAGCUUUCUCUUCGACACGGCCGUCAUCAAGUCAUCAACAAAGCCGCCGCAAAAGACAGGCUCGCGCGAUGCACAAUCUCAAUUCUGGGCUGGCAUCACUCGAUUUGUUGACAAUAGCGAGUCAAAGCUCUACACAAGGCUUCUUGAUGUCAGACAGAAGCUUUUGUACGAGAUUGAAUACUUGAAAACAUCUGCAAUAACAGACGAUUUUGAAAAGCUUCAAUACGGCUCGGAAGAGAAUCAUGGGGAAGACUUGGAGGAAGUUAAAGCAGGCUUCGAAGGCGAGGCUUCCCAGACACUGGAGGCAGGUCAAGCGGACGAAACCAGCGAGGACGAGAGCAGCGAUGCGGGGUCUGAAAGCAACGAUGCAGAGUCAGAAAGCAACGAGGCAGAGCCAAAGAGCAACGAAGCAAGUGGCCGAGACAACGAACCCGCCAAAGAAGGAGAAAAUGCAAAAGAUGGUGAACAUGAACCCAGAUGGAUCACAAUCCACCGUGUGUAUUGUACUGAGCGUUCGUGGCGUUCUGCACAUGAGCAUCACGAAAACAUCAGCCUUUACCUCGACAGACCUGUGAUUGACCUAAACGAAAAGCGUACUGUUUCCGGCUAUUACGAUCCAUUUUCUUACCGCAAGAGCUCCCGAUAUGCUGGUACGCUUGAUCCGAAAGGGAAAUGUCCAAUACCCGACAUUCAAGACUAUCUCAAGAGACACGAAAACAUUGCAUUCAUCCUGUACAAGGACUAUCACUGUCAAGAAUAUGUUUCAUCCGUGCCCAACGCAGUGCUGUUUGGAUCAUCUUUAUCGCCUGAAGUGGACUUGCCCCCACCGCGAUGCGUGCGGGAAGAAAUUGUUCUGGCUUCUGAUGAGAUGAAGACAGCCAUGGCAGUCUUGAGUUCUGCAAUACCGGAGGGUUCGCAAAAGCAUUGGUGGAGCUCAGAUAAGAUGCAGGAGCCAUACCUCUUGCUGUAUCACUAUCUUGACAUGGUGAAGGAGACGCUAUCGAGCAUGGUCGGGGCCGGAGCUCUAGCCGAUAGUCAGGUCGAUUGUGCAAAGCUCAUGAUGGGCUUUAUUGAUGAGCACUUGAAACCUCAGUUCGACGCAGCCAGCUCUUUGAUGGAGAGGGGGCUAAUAACCCAAGCACAUUUGAGCAAACUCUUCCUCCCUGAACAGGUUUUGGUAGCCAAGGAUGAUAAUUAUUACGCCGGCUACAUGUGCAGUCGUGUAACUGCAAAGGACUACCCUUCUUUCGAGGAGACUAAAAACAGUCUCAACGAACUCAAGGUGGAAUACUCUCCCAGCAAGUCUGGAAUCUCUUUAAAGGUCGCAUCCUGGAAGUUCGAUGGACAGUUUCGCCUCGAAACGGAAGACAUUGCUCUGGUUUGGCCUGAAGGUAGUCCCAUUGUGCGUAUCAAGGACUUGAGUAUAUAUCCCAUGAAGUACGACGAAGAUGGAGCAGAAGAAAUCCUCAAGGCUCGAGCCGAGAAGUUUUGGAUGUGUCGUCGCAGAUCGUAUAUCUGCUACGAAUCACAGGACAAGAACGUCGCUCCUGAUGUCAAGCCCAGGUUCAUGAUUGACUAUGAAACUUACCGCGAACUCCACCCGGAUGCCGAUGUGUUCUCUGGUGACUCCCGGGAUGAUAUCGGCGAGGAAGACAUGGACAAGGACGAGCCACCUGGCCGAGGAUUGGAGUACCUGUUUCCCGUCUACAUUGACGGUUUCGCCAUCCAAGAUAAAAAGUGGAGACGGCUACUCAUUGAUCGCGUGAGCUUGAUUAAGUGGAAUGAAGAUGCAUUCAAGCGUCUUGUACUGGGAGAUGAGUCCAAAGAAUUGAUCCAAGCUUUGAUCGAAGUCCACAUGUCCAGCAAACGAUCUGCCGACAUGAUUGAGGGCAAAGGAAACGGCCUCCUCGUCCUUCUUCAUGGCCCGCCAGGCACGGGCAAGACGUUGACAGCAGAGUCUGUAGCUGAGCUCGUCAAACGGCCUCUCUAUCGCGUAACUUGUGGCGAUAUUGGCACUGACGCAGAAGGAGUCGAGGCCUAUCUCGAGUCGGUACUGUACAUAGGAAAGAUCUGGGGCUGUGUCAUCCUGCUCGACGAAGCCGAUGUCUUUCUCGAGGAGCGCAGUCUUGCGGACCUGCAACGCAACGCCCUAGUUUCUGUCUUUCUUCGCGUCCUCGAAUACUACGACGGCAUCUUGAUCUUGACGUCGAAUCGCGUGGGAACGUUUGACGAAGCCUUUCGAUCGCGCAUCAAACUGGCCCUGCAUUACAACACUCUCUCGCGCGCGGAGCGCAAAAAGGUGUGGCGCAACUUUUUCAAGACAUUGCGCGAGGUACAAGACCAAGAUGUCAAUUAUGAUGACCUCGACGAUCACCUGGAUGACUUGGCUGAAUUCGAUUUGAAUGGACGCGAGAUUCGCAAUGCCAUUUCCACAGCGAGCGAGCUGGCCUUGUUUCGGAAACAGCAGCUCAAAUAUCACCACCUGAGGCACGUUAUCCGGAUUGGAGCCGAGUUUGAAAAGUAUCUCGACAAGACGCGUGGUGAGACGGCAGAGGAGCGAAUGAUUGAUCUCGGGGUGCGGUCGUGA